AUGGAUAAGUAUUUCCCUAUCUCCUACAGGGAAAAGAAAGAAAUUGGGUUCUUUGAAUUAAAACAAGAAAGAAUGACCAUUGAAGAAUAUGAGAGGAAAUUUAACGAACUGGCUCGUUUUGCACCCCACUUGGUUGAUACGGAAGAAAAUAUGAUUGCCCAAUUCAAAAGGGGGCUCGGAACUAACAUCAAAGGAAUCAUGGCCGCACAUGUGAUUGUAGACUUCAGCGAGUUGGUCAAAAGAGCUGAAGAAGUUGAAAUGGCUCUGGGAGUCAGUAACCCAACACCAAAACCUGCAAACCCUAUUGUUAAAAGAAGAUGGGAGAACAAUAAUCAAAGUAAGGAGAACUUCCGGGACAAGAAACAAAAGUUUGGAUUUAGCACUAGUACUGGUCCAACAAGAAUAAAACCACAAUGUCAAAAAUGUGGUAAAAAUCAUCAUGGAAAGUGUAUGUUGGGCAAGGGAAUCUGCUUUUACUGUCGUGAGCCCGGACACACUGUAAAUUUUUGUCCAAAAAAGAAGAACAAAGCACCAAGGGGGCAAAAAAACUUGGGAGAAGGUAAGGAGCCAGAAAAGAAAAGGAAUGCUCGUAUAUUUGCCUUAGCACAUCAGGAACCAGAACAAGUGACACCGAUACAAUGA